CACCAACGAUAUUAUAAAGAACCCAGUAAUGUCUUCUACGAUAACCAGCAUUUUGUCUCCACCGACCUCAGCACCCACCAGCGCCCCACCGCCCAUAACGCAACUUCUACCUAUCUUGCGCACCACAGGCUCCAAGCUCUUUUCUGCAUUGUCGUAUCUUGCCCAGUUUCUAUACAGCUCAUCUGGCAUAUUCCUGCAACCUCUGCACAUCCUACUGCCUGUUGCGCUUUGGCUUCUCGCCCCAGCGAUAAUUCUCUUCGACAUCAUUCUAGAUGCAUUAGUAUUCACACCAUACAACUUGGUAUCGGGCGCUUUAUCCAUUUUCUACCCGCUAUAUGUUUUUUGCGGCGCCGCUUGCAUCAGCGGUCUAGCUAUCGGAGUAGUUGGUCGGACGCUUGUUUCAUUGCUCACCAAAGCUAUUGGAAGUGGGCAGAACCACGCUUCUGAAGUAACCUCGCCGGUUUCUCCUCUCUCACCCCUGGAACCUCAGCCACUGAGGAGGCGUAGAAGUCGACAGGGAAAGGCGGAGUGAUGCCCUUCUAUCUGAUGCGCGUAGGCGUUUUUCUGCUAUGCGUAUGUUAGUAUACAAUGUAUCUAAUUGGCACGUGAGUUGACUGCACUGUCUCCGUAUUCACAGCAAUUUCAUCAAGUUCCUUUAGCUCUGAUAGUAUCCACAGAUUUGAUCUGUCUCCAAACCCCGCCAUACUCUGUACACUACAUAUUAUUUCGUCAUCGUGUAAUCCGAUCAGAAGGCUAAGAAGCAUUUUCUACCUUCUCUCCACCAGUUGUUCCGAGAAGUUCGCAG